UGCAGCAAAACGCAAUUCUGAUUGCCGGGGCAAUGCCAAACCCCUCCUGCAAACUAAUAUCAGGAACCUUGCAUGGUGAAUUUUGUUUAACAGGGAAAAGGGCCGGUGUUUGUGUUCAGGGGUCUGUGGCUCUGAGUGGCCGGCCGCCUCCUAAAAUUCCAGACAGCGCACGAUGUGUCCCAGACCCAACCUGCUCCCACCUCAAACUUGUGCUGCCCUGACAGUCCUAAGCGCGCCCUGCAAACUGAGAUCAGGAACCUGGGGUGGUGAAUUUUCUUUCACGAUUUCCGUGGGGAUGACACAGCUGGAGCUGCGGGCGCUACCGGCCGGGCCGGGUCCCCGGAACCGGCACGACGCUGCGAGCUGCUGUUCCGCCCCUGGCCACCCUCGUGUCCGUCAGAGCGCGCUGCGCGUGGCAGGGUUCACGGGUCGCUGUCCUUCGGCCGCCCCGUUCCUGCCAUGCAGGGGGCAGCUGCGCCAGGAACGAGCUCUCCUGAGCCAGGCAAGUGUAAAUUCCUUUGGGUCUUCCGAUGUCUCUGAUCUAGUGCUGUGCUGUCACCAAGCCAACUCAUUCUGAUUUUAAGCUGACAGGUGCGGUGGCCAUGGGGCGAGGAGGGGUGCCAAACAAAACCCAAUUAUCUGUAAAACAGAACCAUGCCGGGUCUUGGAGUUUCUGCAGCAGUACCUCCUUCCCUACAUGAGAGCUGCCUCAGCUUGGGCGAGUGUGCAAAUAUCCAGCUGUUCCUGAGGAUGAGGCAUUGCAGAAAGCAGAGCUUGUGUCAGUGCUUCUUUAAACCCUUCUAAUAUAAAAAUACAUUAAAGCAGAAGCAUUUGAGGAAAUAACGUACAAAAAUAGGGGUACCCAUUGCAAGCAUAUGUAUAAGCUGUCUUUCUUUAAAGAUCCACAUUAAUGGACAUUUUGUGGAACCACUCUGAGGGCAGUGUCCAGAAAGCUUUGUUAACCCCUUGUCUUCCACUGGUUGGGCAGCGUCUGACCCCAGUGCUUGAGGGCUGUGUGGAGAUUCCUCCCUGGAGUGGGGUCACUCCUUGAAGAUGAGCCACAAAGAUUUGAUCAUUGGACCAGCCUCUGCAGGUCUGGUACAUGGAAAGCCCAGAGACACUGAAGUAUCCCACUCAAGCAGCCAAAUGUUAACAACCUCUCCAAAGCCUAAUUUGCCUUUGAUAUAGACUUAAUUGUUUGCGACACCUACUGGGCUGGGGAAGGGCUAUAAAAUGGCCUGCAACCAUUGUCUGAGGCAGAAGAGAGUCCAGGAACAGCUCCCUCUUCCAGUGUUCCUCACUCAGCACAAGUGACAACCUGAGCAUCAUGCAACUGGUGGCCAGCCUGGUGUCCCUGCUGCUGCUGGUGUGGAGCAUGAGAGCCACGGCACUGCCCGGGGAAGAGAGACUGCAGAGCACCAGGGAACGGAGUACAGUCCGCAAGGGUGUCAUCCUGAAGAUGCUGGCAGGCCUGCUGGACAGUGUGGAUGCAGGGAGCGAGGCAGCCUUCUCAGAUGUGGAGGAGAAGGGCAAGCUGGAGGAGGACCGGGCAGUGCUGGGGCAGCUUGCCCAGCUCUCACAGCGGGACCGCAAGGUGCCCUGCAAGAACUUCUUCUGGAAAACCUUCACCUCCUGCUAGUGCCACCCAGCCUGGCCUUGCCAGCCUGCAAACACCUUCCCCACAACUCAUCUUCCUUGUCCACCCAGUUCCUUCUCUGUGCCCUGCACCCCUCAGAAUAAAGCAUAGC